GGAUCUGCGCCAGUACGUACAUCGGGAUGCCCGUCUUUCCGAUCAGCCCGAGACCAGCAACCGACCCUCUCCCUCCGUCUGAACAGAGCACCUUCAGCGCGGGGGAAGGGGGGCAUUCGCCUAAAGGGGGUAUUUCCUUCAGGGUAUAAAGCUGAGAAUACAGAGGAGGAGAGGCUCAGAGCUUCACCUCGUUGCCUCGUUUUCCCUUCCAUGUGAACAUCCUGCAACGUUUCCUUCUUCCUGCCUCACCUGUCACCUGGCCAGCACUGUCCGGACAAUGUCCGCUAAGCUCCUACCGCUUUUCUUCCUCCUCUCAGUGUUCCACGCCUGUUCUAGAAAGGUUGAAGAGGAUGAAUAUGAAGAUGGAACAACUAACCAAAAAUGGGUUUUAGCUCCAAAAACACAAGACACAGAUGUGACUCUCAUCCUAAAUAAGCUGUUGAGAGAGUACGACAAAAAGCUACGGCCAGAUAUUGGAAUAAAACCAACAGUUAUCGAUGUUGACAUUUACGUCAACAGCAUUGGUCCUGUAUCAUCAAUAAAUAUGGAGUAUCAAAUUGAUGUAUUUUUUGCCCAGACGUGGACAGAUAGCCGUCUUCGCUUCAACAGCACCAUGAAAAUACUGACUCUAAACAGCAACAUGGUUGGCUUGAUCUGGAUCCCAGACACUAUAUUUCGUAACUCAAAGACAGCGGAGGCUCACUGGAUCACCACCCCCAACCAGCUCCUCCGCAUAUGGAAUGAUGGCAAGAUCUUGUACACCCUCAGGCUUACCAUCAAUGCCGAGUGCCAGCUGCAGCUACACAACUUCCCAAUGGAUGAACACUCAUGUCCUCUGAUAUUCUCUAGCUAUGGCUACCCUAAAGAGGAAAUGAUUUACAGAUGGAGGAAAAACUCAGUGGAGGCUGCUGACCAGAAAUCUUGGAGACUCUAUCAAUUUGACUUUAUGGGUCUCAGAAAUACUUCAGAAAUUGUGAAAACCUCUGCAGGUGAUUAUGUAGUCAUGACUAUAUACUUCGACUUAAGUAGAAGAAUGGGAUACUUUACUAUUCAAACCUACAUUCCCUGUAUAUUAACAGUUGUUCUUUCCUGGGUAUCCUUUUGGAUCAAAAAAGAUGCUACACCAGCAAGAACAGCAUUAGGCAUCACUACAGUAUUGACCAUGACAACUUUGAGUACCAUUGCAAGAAAGUCAUUACCCCGUGUCUCCUAUGUCACCGCUAUGGAUUUGUUUGUGACUGUAUGCUUUCUAUUUGUCUUUGCUGCUCUGAUGGAGUAUGCCACGCUCAACUACUACUCAAGUUGCCGGAAACCAAGCUGUACUAAGAAGAAAAAGUCGCUACCUGAUGUAAGUUUUGGUCAUGUGAUGAAUUAUUCUGUACUUGAUAUGAGACCACCAGCUACGGUCAUCACAUUGAACAAUGCCAUGUAUUGGCAAGAAUUUGAAGAUGCCUGUGUCUAUGAAUGUCUGGAUGGGAAAGACUGUCAGAGCUUCUUCUGUUGUUAUGAAGAGUGCAAAUCAGGCUCAUGGAGGAGAGGACGAAUUCACAUAGACAUCUUAGAACUGGACUCUUACUCCAGGGUCUUUUUUCCUACAUCCUUCCUGCUGUUUAACCUGGUCUACUGGGUUGGAUACCUCUAUCUCUAAAUGUUGCCUGUAGCGGUGAAGACUGCUGUGUUUUCUCACUGUGGAUGGAUGGUGAAAGUGCAGACAAAGUGAAGGACACGGUCAGUUUCAUCUCAAAUUAUAAAGACCACAUUAACCUUCACCUUCUUCAUCACCAUCACAGAGCCUGAUGAAUAAUUUUAGUAUGUAUCUUCCUCAAAAGGAAAAACAUGGAAGAAUUCUCUCCUAACUGCUAUUCGUUUUAAGGAAAAAAUUCUUACAAAAUUCAGCUGAAUUUGUAGUGUAAGUGAUGUUUAUGAACAAUUAUUGUAUAUUAGAAUCUCUACUAUUCUGCCUUGGCAUAGCAGCUAUUCACAAUUCAGGCAAAGAUUAAAUGUGUCAUUUUUAUUUUUCAUUCCCAUACUUUCUUCAAAAUGCUGUCAUAUCUCUGAGGCUCAGAGCAAUGUACGCUGGCAUUGGCAAAUAAGCCAAAGUCAACAAAACAACUCAUUUUUAUUUAAAUUUACUUGAGCUUUAUCCCACAAGUUUAGGGAAAUAUUUCAUUAGUGAUCUCCUUGAUACAGAGUAAUCACCAAAAGACAGUAGAGAAAUGUCUCUGGUGGGAUCAAAACAUGAAUGUUACUUUCUGCAAAGGUCUGGGAUUUGUGGAAUUAGCCACUUACCUACACAUAUUGAUUUUAACUUAAAGGUGAAAAGGCAGAGUGAUAAGAAAGCUAUUAUUUUGAUAUAAAUAACACUUGCCUAUCUCUGAGACAGCUGUAGGAAUAACUUCUACAGUUUUUCAAGCUUUUAACUGUCUUUUUUAUGACUGGUUAAACACAGGAUCGUCACUGAUUUCUAAAGUACUCUACUUGAAGCAGGACAAGAUUCCUGCUUGUUUGUGCCAUUGUAGCAGGUCACAUUUGAUGUGCUAUAUACAUAUAUAUGUAUACAUAUAUAUACAUAUAUACACAUAUAUAUAUAUAUAUAUAUAUAUAAUAGCACCAGGAAUAUGUGACUUUCUUUGGAUUUCAAUUUACUAAAAAGUGCACCCAUGCAUUCUUAUUUUUUCUCUCAAAGUUGUUUUACAAAAUUGAAAAGUGUGUGCCAAAGGAUUUUUUUUGUUUAUUUAAUAAAGUUAAACACUGCAGUAUUUACUCAUGGCAGUUGUUCCCUGGGCCUGAGAUGGAGACUGAACAUCUUUGACUUGAAUAGUGCGUUACAGGAACUCAAUUGUAACACUUGGAUUAAACAUAGAAUAGUUACCAUGCAUAGAAAGAAGUUGCUUUCAUUCUUCUCCUAAAUUUUCAACUAUAUUUUACUGUAAAAAGCAAUUUUGUAUUUUUCAAGCUUUUGACCAUUAAAUUCUUGUUACCCAUUCUUUCAAAAACUAGUUUUACAGUGUUAAGCUAGAUGACAUCUUUCACAGACUGUCUAUGUAAUUGUUAUUAAGCAAACAAAACAGAUUCAGAAUUAAAUAGAAAUAGCUUUUCACUACUUUUGGAUGACAAGUGGUUACAAAAGAUUGAGACUGAAACAUGCCUAAAACCAUAAUUCUAUUUCUUUUCUCUCAUGGAGAUAUUUUUUUUUAUAAUCUCAAAAAAUGUCUGUCUCUUCCACACAGUAUUUGAUAAAAAAAUGAAUGGUGGAUGUGAUUGAAGAGGAGUUCCUUUUUUUUCUCAUAAGCAAAACCCUGCAAACAAGCAAAAGCUAAUGCAGUGGUAAUUCUAAGGGAACAGAAAUGCUUUCAUGUUCUUUGAAACAUCACUGUCUGUCAUUGCUGUUGUUCUGCUCUUCCAUUGAGUUUUUAAUUGAAAAAAGUCUAACAAAAAAGUUAACUAUGGUUACUCAAAAUCUUCUGGUUUUCACUUGUCUGAAAUAUCAGAGACAUAGCUGGGUUUAGGCUAGGGAGGGGGAUCACUUCUGUAAGGACUGACAAAAUUCAUAUUAGAAGCACAGAGAAGAAAUAUUUGGAGACAGGAUCUAAACCUUAUUUUAAAAAAAAUCUGCCCAUUCAGAUGUCUUCUAAGCCAAUGAUAACCUCCUCGUUUCAAAACAUAUGUUGAAGAUUUUGCUAACUCUCAUUAGCAAAUUACUCUGUAAAAUCUAUUGCUCUAUAAACCUCUGUGUUCUACAUUUGGAAGUAUGGAUUUUAUUUAAGAAUGACAGUGAUAUUUUAAACCAUGCAAGAAGAUGAUUGAAUUGGAGUUGAAUAUACUGAUCUCUAAUUAUGAAUUAAUCUACUCUAAUAGUCACCUUCAGCCAUAUUUUGAAAGAAUAUUAGAAAUAUUCCAAGCCUAAAUAAAAAAAUAGAAAGAGUUUUCCUUUAGGGAGCUGAUCCUGUAAACCCUCUGCACAAUCAAUUGGUUUUGGUGUUAGCAUUGAGAAAAAUGACGCACAAUAAGGUGCCUUCCAGCAUUAGAUCUUGAACAGUUAAAGUGAGGUUUAUUUAACAAUUACAUAUUUGAGUGAAUACCUCAAAAGUAAGUGUGUAAGUGGACUCUUCCCAUUUUAGAUGAUAAGCAUAUGUUUUUCUUACACUUCUGCUCAUGGCUGCCCAUGAGUGCUACUGAAAGCACGUUGGAAGACUGAUUCUGCUAAGUCCAGUCAUGUUGCCUCUGUUUUCUGAGUUUUCAUAAACAGAAGUUGGAAGCAUAUGAUUCCACUUUUUUUCCACUGUCCUGACAAGAAAGAAUCUGCAGACACUUCUGGCUUCUGCUCUUGUACUGAAAGCAGGAGAUAUAUUCUACUGUGUAAUUUAUUCUGCUUCGGGGUUAUGUGCAAAAAAUUGAUUUAUAUGCAAGUUAGGUGGCUGCAGGCCGGCAGGUUCCUGAAUGCAUUCCUCUGCUCAUUCCUAGUUACUUGGUUUACUCUCACUGCCUCUGUGCUUUGACAGCCACUAAUAAACCUUAGAGGUCAGGGAAGACAAUCUUUCUAGGCUCUGAAUCUUUCAAAAUGCAAGUAUUCUAGAGACCUAGAUAAUGUGGUCUGCAUAUAUCUAUAUGCUAUAUCCUUCUCUAGUAGUAAGAAUGUCCUCAUUAACCUUCAGGUAUUCUUUUGCUUCUUUCACAAAUUGAAAAAACCCCAAACAUUUUUCUGCACUGUCCCAUAUGAAAUGCAAUAACUGCAUUUUAGAACAUUUUCUUAGUGCAUAAUUUUGUAUUCAAGACUUGCAUUUACUCAACUACUUUUUUGGUUGUUGUUUACUUCUUAUUUUUAUCCUUCCAAGGAAGGAAAUGGAGGAAGGCAAAAAUAAAUGAGCAGUGAAAUGAAUGCAUUUGGAUAUAUAUGUAAAAUCACAAACCCAAGUAUCUUCACAUUACAGUCCUUCCUUGUUGAAGUUACAGAAAAGAUUGUGAGGAUUUUUUUCCCAGUAGGAACUAAAGUCAAUCCUCUUAUUCUCCCCCUUCAAUUAAAAGUUGUUGGACAGUAUUUUCCUGCAUUGAGGGCAGCAUUUUCAAGGCAAUUAAGAAUGUAUAAAGAUACUGGUCUGCUUAACUCAAUCUUCACAGUUCUUCUGGCCCUUUUACUAGCAUACUAACAGCUCUAUCUUUUAUUCUCCCAAGAAUAAGGGUAUAAAAACUUGUAGCCAGUUUAUGCUGUCUCCAUGUCCAGCAGUAAUGUGGAACUGAAGUGCACCAUACACCACAAAAUUUUAAUGUAACUUUCUAGUCAAGAAAUACGGAUGCAGUUUAAAACAUAGGCACUUUGGUAACCUUUCUUCUCUUUCAGAUGCUAAUGUUCUACUUAAUCAACUCUUAACUGUAUAUUGGUAUAUUGUGCAUACCAAUAAAAAUGAUAAAAAUUACAAUACCCAGAAUUGUCUUCAUGGAGACUGUGAUGAGUCGUGAAGGUAAAAAAAGAGAAAUAAAUUAUUUUUUAUUGCUGUGCAGUUCUUAUCUGUCACAGUCCUUUUAUUCAAAUCAAUUCACAGCUAAUUCCAAAUCAUCCACCUGGAGGUUUGCACAUUCAUCAGCUGGAACAGCAAUGACACAUGAGCCUUUAGUUGAUAGAAAAUUAUAUUUUUGGAACUCGAGGCAUCCUGCCAAAUAACUCAGAUAGCUAUCUCAAACACUUCUGCAGCCUUAAUGUGUCUCAGUGUCUAGCAUCUCAUGUUGCUGCAUGAAUUUAUCACAGUUCACCUUACUUGGUCAUUUCAUGAAAGGAAGAUUGUUUGCCUCCUUUUAACACCAAUUUUUUCCAUACAUCUAGAAAGAUUACGGUCCUGCCCACACACCAAGCAAUCAGGUGCAAGGCAACUCUAGAGCUGCUGACUUUGUGGGAAGGGAGACUCAAUAUUUUAAGACAGACAAAUUUAAUUAGCCUCACAGUCUGGAGGGUUGGUGUUACCUUCUAAGCUGUAAAACAAAGCACCCACUGAAAGCUGUGAAGGCUGUCCAUAACAGACUGUACUCUUCCCAUUGACUGCUCUUUCCCAGUUUUGAUAUAAUACACUAAGAAAAGGCAAGCCAUAUCCCAUAAUCUUAGCUGCCUACACAAUCAGAUGAUUUUUUUUCAAGGUAUCUUCUUCUUUCUCACAGUGAAAUCUUUGUGCCUCUUACAUCAGUGCCUUUAUCAUUUCUUAAUAUUAAAGGAUAUACUAUUCCUCGUCUGAGAGUUAGAAAGAGGGACAGUGACCUUACCGAAGUUCUUGAGCACCACAGUGUGUGGCCAAUAUUCUAAACGUCUUCAACCUACAGACUGAGCAUUUGCCUACUUUUUAUUUUUCUAAGCAGUCUGUAGGUUUCUUAUUUCCUAAAUAUUAGGAAAACUGCAGUAGGAUUUCAGCAAUUUAGAAGAAUCUUUCCUUCUUCACUCAGCAACUUCGUUCCACCAAGAGAUAUAGAGCAUAAACUCAAGGCUGAUGUUUACUUCAUCCAUAUAAGUUUCCAGAAGACUAUUUAAAAUAGAAAAAAAGCAGACUAUUCAAUGGGAAUGCAGUUCUACAGCUGAAAGGUGAGAUUCUUUUUCCUUUAGAUGUUUUUCUUUUUCUGAGUUAAUUUUAGGUCUUUCCUCACUCCACCUAUACAAAUGGCAAGCACAAAAUUAGCUCAAUUUACAGUUACAUACUGAAAAAAAGUAUGGUUUCAUUAUUCUUAUACUAUAUAUUUUACAUAUAGUCUAGGGAAAUUCAUUAUGAAGUUCAGUGCAUCAGAGUUGGACAUCUCUACUUGCUAUCAAAAUAUGCAUUUUGAUCUUCUAAUCAUUUGUUAUUUAUGAAGGACAAGCAGAAGAUGUGGUUAUGUUUAUUCAUAUGUCUAGGAGUAGGCUUUCUCAAGGACUGAACCAGGCAAAUAAGGCACUGAUACAGUCAGUUACUUGCCAGGUAUUCUUGAUCUAGGUAAUGAAUGGCACUAGACAGAGAAGACACAACAGUCUCUUUGGUGUCAUAAAAGCACUCAUGUGACUUUACUUGGAGCCCUAAGACAGCCUGUAGAGCCUUUUAUAGGGGAACCCAGGUGCUCUCCUUAGUGUUUAAUACAGUACUUAAUAUUCUCCUGUCUUGCAGCCGGUGAAAGUCCUUGGGAGAGAUGAAGCUGUCCUGACGCAAUAUAUGCUAAAAUACAAUGAAUGAAAUACCCACAGUGAAGCAGAUGAUGGCUUGUUACUGAGACUGUGUUAUGAGUACAAGUGUCAAAGAAAACACCACUAGAUCUAAGUCAAAACCUUACACAUUAAUGAAGACCAUUGACCGGAACAUGGGUUUAAGUUCAAAUAUUCUUACAAGCAAAUAGGAAGAGCAUUGGAUCAUAUUCUGGAGGGCUUGAUUAUCCAUUGAUUGGUUUCAAAACUUAAGUACACUGGAUCUGUAACUUAAGUACUUAAAGUGAGAUUUGUGAUUUACAUACUUAAACUGAGGACUAAGAGAGGUAAAUGCUAAAAUUUCUAAAUUGCACAUUAAUAUAAAAAGGAUGAAGUGAAUAAUAUUGAUGGUAUAUUUUUAAAAAAACUACUGACAAAUGAGUAUGGAACAGAUCAUGCUACUGAAUCCAUCCCAUGCUUACAGACCACCUGGGAUUCUUAAAAUGAGAGUGACACCUGAACUCAUGGAAAGCUGAUAAAAUAAUUCCAUCUGACAGUAUUACACAAGCAACCCAGGGAUGUAUGCCUCUGCCAGACAGGGUGUUCCAAAGGAAAAAAAUUCAGAAUAAGCUUCCACAAAACAGUGUUCAACUGAACAACAGUCAGAAACCUUGUGCAGAGGGAUUACAGUAUCAGUCUGCCAUAUUCUCUUUUGCAGUCAUUAAGGAGUCCCGUGACUUUAUUGUUAUCCACACUCACAUGCAAUACCAACCUUAAAUCAUGGACCAACCUGUGACUGUCACAAGUUGGAACACUAGCCUGGAGGGAAUCUGAGACCAGUUUGUGGCUAUCACAGGCUGCCAUCAAACCCCUCAUAAAAUCCUGUUCUAAACUCUCAGUAUACUGCUCUCAAAACAUUUUUUUCUCACCAUGACAACACAUGAUUUUUUUUUUUAGAGUGCAGUUUUAGGAAUCACAUAAAUACUGCCAACUAUGUGCCAAAUUGAACUUUCUUAUAGAACACAGACAAAAUUUUAGAUUUCUAAUUAUCUUUCCUUCCUAAGUUUUUCUUAGGGGUGUGUGAUUUCGUUGCUAGCAGUGCAGUUUGUGAUGUCAUAGUGAAAUGAAAGUACAAUUAUGUGCCCAAUGUGCCUUGAAUAAUACAGGUAGCACUAGCACCAGUAUGUCAUUCUAAGUUAGAUAGCCAUCCUAGUGAUCCCCCAGACUGAUCUAAUCAGAAAAGUCAAACACCCACGUGCUUCAUUUCCUCAAGUUCACAGAUGACUUUCCCUUCUUGAUCACAUCCAUUCCAGUUUACUUUGUGUUAAGGAGUAGGGCUGUGCGUCUAGAAUACUAUUUAUAUUCGUAUUUUGAUCCCAACAUUUAUAUUUCUGGAUACAAAUAAAUACACAUUAUCAGAAAAUGCAA